AUGUGUCAUAAGGAGCCAUCAGCAUUCGUCCAUUUUGAGACUAUGCCUGCAUAUCAAGGUGAUGACUUGGUUACUGAUAUCCGGGUGUUGUCUCGAGUCUUCUGGAGUUACUAUCCAUGUAUUAGAGCAUUCAGACAUUGUAAACCCGUUGUCCAGAUAGAUGGGACCCACUUGUACGGAAAGUAUAAGGGUUGUCUGUUGGUUGCGGUUUCACAGGAUGGUAACAAUAAUAUUGUCCCAAUUGCAUUUGCUAUUGUGGAGGGAGAGACUUCUGAUGCAUGGCACUUCUUUCUUAGCAACCUGCGACAACAUGUGGUUACUCAAGAUGGUGUGGGACUGAUCUCUGUCCGACACGAAUCCAUCAAUGCAGCUGUGGCCCACAGUAACGGAGCUUGGUCGCCUCCUAGAGCCUUCCACAUGUUUUGCAUCAGGCAUACAGAGUCGAAUUUUUUAAGAAAGUUUAAGGCACCUUACCUGCAGAAACUUGUGGUCAAUAUAGGAUAUUCGAGGACAGUCUGCGAGUACGAGUUGCGUUUCCAGUGUUUACGGGAACGGGGUGAGGCUUAUACUAAUUGGUUAAGCCGUAUCCCCCGUGAACAGUAUGCAUUGGCAUUCGACGGUGGUUAUAGAUGGGGACACAUGACCACAAAUCUAGUGGAAUGCAUCAACUUAGACUUGAAGGGUGCACGAAAUUUUCCUAUCACUGCACAUGUCAAGGCGACGUUCUACAGGCUUAAUGAGUUGUUCACACAAAAACGAGCCGAGGCGGAGGCCCAGAUUAAUGCUGGACAUAUUUUUUCUGAGAUUGUGACCUCUAAAUUGCAUGCAAAUCAACUUGCAUCAGGAAACAUCCAAGUGAUUUGCUUUGACAGGCAGAAUGAGGUUUUUGAGGUGCAUGAGAUGCCAAGUGGAGUGGAGUAUGCCGUCGACCUCCAUCGACACCGAUGUGACUGUGGUGAGUUCCAGGUGGACCGUAUUCCUUGUCGACAUGUGUUUGCAUGUUGUGCGAAUCAACGGCUAGAUUGGCAAGUGUAUGUACAUGACGUUUAUAAGAUGGACCAAAUUCGACGUGUUUACCGAGCCAGGUUUAUGCCACUUGGGAAUCCUACUACAUGGCCUGCUUAUAAUGGGCCUCGAUUCGUGCCCAAUCCGUUCUUGCGACGAGUUGCCAAAGGUCGCCCAAGGAUGACUCGUUUCUUGAACGAGAUGGACACAAGAAUGCUACGUGGUCCUAGGAGGUGUAGGCAAUGUGGAGCCGAGGGCCACAGCCGUAGUAGAUGCAGUCAAGCCGGAGGCAACAAUGCUCAGUAG